UAGAGGGUUCUCUAACAGCCAGAGCGCUGUCUGUGUAUGUAGGUUGUCGUUCUGUGUCGAGCUUAUAUGCUAUGGCUGUUAAUGAGACAAAUGCCAUCCUGGAGAUACUAAAGACAUAUGAUUUUGAGGAACUGAUUCUGGCCUUCUGUUUAUCAAUUCUUGUUGGUCUUCUGCUUGGAAUCUUGGUCUUCAUUCUCCUAACAUGGAUGUCCAGACAGAGAGCCUCUCUAAGGAUAACCAGACGUUCAAAACAAGCGUCUAGAACAAAGAACUCAAACAAUUCCCUGAAUUUAGGCCUCUACAGAAGCAAUGGCUUCAGCCGAAACAGUGACAGCCUGGGAAGUCCCGUCUUAAACCUUCACAGACAGACCUCUAUAGAUCCUGCUGAUCCACUGGGCCGAACCCCAAGUUUCCAAGCUUCCACUUUUCGCCCGCUGCAUAAGAACAAUAAGACGAAAAGCGAUGAAAAUGAUGAUGGAAACAAAAGGUCUUCACCCAGUAAUGUCAAUAUGGCAAUGGAUCCCUUUGAUUCAGUGCCAGCAGAGUCCUUCUGGCUGGGAAAAGGCAGUCUAAGAGGAUUUCUUCCGAAACAAACCCCACCGCCUGCAUACGACAGCGUGAUUCACAUGUUCCAGGAGACAUCGACCUGAUCGGACUGUCUCAUACUAUGGAGACAGGUUAACAGCAAAGGACGUGAUGAGAUACUGUACAUGAGGGGAAGGCAAGCCUCCUCCUGAAUUAGAG